CAGUCGAGGGCUGACUUGUUAUCGAAUAGUAGAAAAAAACACAUCACAAACAGACACAAUAAUGGAAUUAUUAUAUUAUUAAGUACGAGGUUUGCCUGCAAUUUCAGCCGCGGUAUAUAUGUAAUUUAUAGAAUAAUAUCUUUCUACUGGAUAAAGUAUGUUUCUAGUGAUGAAUGAAAUAAUUUUAUUACAAUCGGUUCAUUUAGAGUUCAUAUAGAUUAUAAAAACAAACAACUUCAUUCUAAAAACUUUGCUCUUUAGGUACAAUAUUAGUAUACCUAGUCUAGCUAAUCUCCGCAAGGUUGUCCGCCUGGAUUUUGGUUUUUAAAAACCCCCGAAGAACUUUUUGAUUUUUCAGGGUAUUUCCAUCUCCACGAAGAACCUAAGUUAUUUCUAUGCUAUGUAAAGAUCGGUUGAGUAUUUAGUAAGCCGUGAAAAGGUAAUAAACAUACAGACAGAGUCACUUUCGUAUCUGUUUAGGUAUAUAAAAUUAAAAGUCCUGACUGACGGACUUAUAUAAUAUCAACGCACAUCCUAAACCGCUGGUCCUAGAGACAUGAAAUUUGGAGGGUGAAUUCUUUGAAGAGGAGGUACAUAUCCAAUAUGACAGGAUUUUUCGAAAUUCCACCCCUAAGUGGGUUAAAUGGAAGUUUGAAUGUAGUCCACGUGGACGAAGUCGCGAGCAUUAGCUUGUUUAUAAUAUUAGUAUGGAAGUGUACUUUUAGCUUGGACCGCAACACGUCAUCCUUGAUAACACUGUUUUGAUAAAAUUAAAAAAUAGGUACCUACUUACUCUUUCAUUGAAUACAAUAUCAUGAAUACACCAUUACGUUUAGUACUGCGUUGCGUUACUGUCCUGCAUACAAUUCAGAAGACAUCGAGCGAUAUUAUAUUAAAAACGAAGAUUAGAAAAUAUGCGUGAAUGAAUAGGUAAAUUCGUGAGUUUUUGAAACACCGGGCGAGUGUCGAAUCAUCUGAUACCAUGUUGCUGCUUAGUUUUUUGAUUUUGGUAACGAUUCUUGGAGUAGAUGGACAAUGCUCAUUAGAACAACUACCAGAACAUGUUUGUAGUGCCAAAAUUUCUUGCAAUGGGACAACAGGCAACAUGAUGAAUAUCGUGAAGGAUUUGAAAUGUAGAAAAACUGGCAGGCGGUAUAACAGCUAUUAUAACCGAUACGAUAAUGACUUACAUAAUAAUUAUAACUUAUACGUAAAUCUCAGAGAUAUAGAUACCUUCACUUCGGAGGAUCCUUUUAUUGGAAUGACUGAUGUUAGCAAUAACGUAAUUAAUUUAAACAUUGAAAAUGGCAAUCGAUUCUCAGUACCAAUUAUAGUAGGUAGCUUAGUCAAAUUGACUGAAUUUUCAAUGACAUACAACAAAGUUGAAGUUAUAAACUUUAGAACAAUAACAGCUGGUGGUUCAAUGAAGUACUUAAAUGUAUCUCAUAACUGUAUAUCGACUAUUGAAGAAGACCUAGUAAAGAGUACUGUGCCUAUUUUGAUUACUACUAUUGAUCUUAGUUAUAAUGAACUCGAAUCUCUAUCAGAUAACUGCUUCGCGAGAUUUACAGAACUUCAAUAUUUGGACCUUUCAUUUAAUUUACUUAAGCAAAUAGAUAUUCUUACAUUUGAGGGAAUAACGCAAUUAGAGACUCUGCGAUUCUCGAAUAAUAAAUUAUCAGAAAUCGGCCAAGCCUUUGCAAGAUUCAGAAACUUAAAAGAAUUAAGUCUAGAUCACAAUCAACUAUCAUCUCUUACUGAAUUAAACUUUAGGACCCUGGUCAGUUUGGAAAAACUAAACCUAAGUUCAAACUUGAUAAAACAUAUUGAAGAUCGAUCUCUGUCUUCAAGUACGAAUCUUAAACAGUUAGAUUUAAGUCACAAUAAAAUCAAUGUAAUUCGUCGGACGUUAUUUGGAAAUAACACAAACUUGUACAAAUUAUCACUUUCAUGUAAUGACAUAGAACAUAUAGAAGGAGGUGCAUUCAGAACAACGAACAUAUCUUAUUUUGAUGUUCAAAAUAAUCAUAUUAGCGGAUCUAUUGAUUAUGAUACAUUCCUUGGAAUUUCUGGUGAAAGCUUGGAUUUGAGUAACGGGCAGUUAACAGUAUUAGGCGAUAAAGCUUUUAGCUCUCUAAGUUCCCAUUUAAAGUAUUUGAAUAUAAGUAACAAUUCAAUUGAAAAUAUUACAGAAUCUGCUUUCCAAUCAUUACAAAAACUUUCAAAAUUGGAUUUGUCUUUCAAUAACCUAAUUGAUAUUGAUUUUAAUACAAGUGAUCUUAUAGAGUUAACUGAAUAUUAUCUUCAGAGCAAUAAUAUAAAAAAAAUAACUCCUAAUAUGUUCAGAAAUAUGACAAGCUUGGUCAAAUUGGACAUGUCGCAAAAUAAAAUUGUAGAUGUUGAUUUAAAUUCAUUUACUGAGCUUAUAAACCUUAAUGCACUUGAUAUUAGUAGCAACAAUUUUGUUAAUUCUAUAACAGCAAAUCUAUUUCGAGGGCUAUACAAGGUAAAGUCUUUAGAUUUAUCCAAUACAAGAUUGAUUUCUUGUCUCAAUCAAUCAUUUUCUGGAAUGAUUUCUCUCAAAUAUCUAAACAUAUCCCAUGGCCACUUAGAAACGAUUGAGUAUGACACGUUUAAAGCAACUGGGGCUAUCAAAAUUAUUGAUUUAUCAUACAAUAAUUUAGAAAUUUUUCAUGUUAAUACUUCAAGCAUCUUACAAUUAUCAGAAUUAUAUCUAAACUAUAACAAAUUAAACAACGUUACAAGUAAAACUUUUCAAAAUUUACUUCUUUUAGAAAAACUAAAUUUAGCUUCUAAUAACAUCCUUUAUAUUGAUUCUAGUGGCUUUCAAACUUUAUCUCAUUUACGGUAUUUGAAUUUAUUUACUAAUUUGAAUUUACGUAUUAAGAGCGAUAUUUUUAGCAAUUUGAUUUUAUCAGAAGUUUCUUUAAGAAAUAUAAAGCAACCAAUAAGUUUUAAAAAUGCUUUGAAUACUUCAAUUACAACAUUGAUAUUGUCACAUUGUGAAGUUGAAGAUAUAAAUUCUGUUUUUGUUUAUAACAUUAACAAUAUUCUUAAGUUAGAUAUUAGUUCAAAUAAAAUCAAAGCGUUGGACAAAGGCUCAUUCCCAAAUAUGGCUGAUCUUAAUUGGCUCGAUAUAAGUUUUAAUAUAAUUUCCAGUAUACAGCCCGGAACCUUUUUAUCCAAUAAAAUGAUAAACACUUUGAAUCUUUACGGUAAUCAUUUACAAUCUCUACAAUUUGGAGUACUAGAUGGGCUUAAAAACCUUCGUGUUCUUAAUUUAUCCAAUAAUGAAAUAUAUGCAUUUGGUGUAAAUUUGUUGCAUACUACACCGCAUUUGACUGAUCUGUUUCUCGAAAAUAAUAAUUUAGCAAGUAUCAACUUUAAAGAACUUUCUAGAACAAAAGUUAGAUUGUUAACUAUUGGUGGUAACCGUAUAUCAUGUGAUACAUUAGUAGAUUGGAAGAAGUUGAACGCUGAUAGUAAUUUAAACGUUACUGCGGAGAAUUUUGAUUUUAAUUCAGAAAAUAUUUAUGGCAUACGUUGUAAAACAAGUUCUUCACGGGAGAAAUCUCUAAAUGAAAGCACUAACAUACAUACAAUAAGCGAAGUAACUGAAAUUAAAGAAAAGGUCGGGCUGCUGUACAGUUAUUUAAAAACAAUAACUUUUAAUGAAACGUUUUCAAAAGUUGCUGCUUUUUUGGAAAAAAAUCUUGAAAAUUCAGAUAAGGUUUCGGCAAACUUGAGCCAUUCCCAACUGGUUCUUACAGAUCAAUUAAAAGACUGGUUGAACCAGAGUAAAAAUCUGUUGCCGCAGUUAGUAAGUAAAAGUGAUAAUUUAGCAAAUGAAAUUAAAUUGAUGUUAUCAUUAAUGGAAAUAAACAAUAACUUAACAAAAUUAAGUAACACUGACAAGGAAUUAUUACACACAUUGGUUCUUAAUCGGACUAUUCAAGAUGAAGAAAAUUUGAUAAAUAUUGUGCCGAAAUUACAUGACGCCAAACCACUUGAAGUAAAAUUAGAUAAAAGUCCAGAAGCAGAUAUAAAAGUGGUGUUAUAUUUUAUAGCUGUAUGUUUAGCGAUUUUAGUUUUAUUUCGUGCAGUAGCAAUAACCUACAAAUACUUGUAUAGACAUCCCUCUCACAGGAUACGUAAAAACAAUUUGUGCGAUAGUGGACAAUCAGUGAGGAAUGAUUUAGAAAUGGAGUAAAUAAUAAUAACUAGCUGACGCCCGCGACUUCAUCCGCGUGGAUUUAGGUUUUUCAAAAUCCCGUGGGAACUCUUUGAUUUUCCGGGAUAAAAAGUAGCCUAUGUGCUAAUCCAUGAUACUAUCUAUCUCCAUUCCGAAUUUCAGCCAAAAUCGUCCAGUGGUUUUUGUGUGAAGGAGUAACAAACAUACACACACACACACACACACACACAUACAAACUUUCGCUUUUAUAAUAUUAAUGUGAUAAGUGUGAUAAUCAACAACUUAGUAUGAUAAGGAUAGUAAUAAUUAUAAUAAGUAUUACAGUUUAUGUUGUACUUGUAAAUAAAGUAAGACAUUACAAAAUUUGUAUUAUUGUAAAGUAUUAUUAUAAUAUAAUAUUAUAUAGGUAUUAAAGAAAUUUUACUAUCUGUCUGAU